CCCUCCCUCUGCUCCCGCCCCUCUCCGCUCGGCGCCGCGAUGGCGGAGGUGGCGGUGCCGCAGCGCUGGGGCUCAGCCUCCUGCGUGGUGACCGGCGCUUCCCGGGGCUUCGGGCGGAGCGUGGCUCGGCUGCUGGCCCGGCGGCUCGGGCGGGGCUCGGUGAUGCUGCUGCUGGCACGAUCCGAGGCUCCGCUUGCCGAGUUGGCGGCGGAGCUGCGGGAUACCGGGAUACGGGUGGAAUGCGUGGCGGCGGACCUGGGCUGCGAGCAGGGGAUGCGCCGAGCGGCCGCUGCCCUGCGGGAGGUGCUGCCCACGGCCCCGUCUGACCGCCUGCUCCUCAUCAACAACGCCGGCUCCUUGGGAGACAUCUCCAAAUCUUUCCUCGAUCUCACCGACCCAGAUGAGAUCAACAACUACUUUGCCUUCAAUGUUACCUCGGCACUUUACCUCACCUCCACUGCCCUUCAAGCCUUUGGGAAGCGGCCCGGCUCGAGCAGGACGGUGGUGAACAUCUCCUCACUCUGUGCUGUGAAGCCCUUCAAGAACUGGGCGCUAUACUGCAGUGGGAAGGCUUCCCGGGAUAUGAUGUUCCAAGUGCUGGCACUUGAGGAGCCUGAUGUCCGUGUGCUCAACUACGCCCCGGGUCCUCUGGACACGGACAUGCAGCUUUUGGCCCGGACUAAGACCGGAGACCCUGAGAUGCGCCAGUAUUUCCAAAGCCUGCAGGAGAGCGGCCAGCUGAUAGAUUGCAACGUGUCAGCCCAGAAGCUGAUAAAUCUCCUGGAGGAGGACACCUUCCGUUCUGGUGCCCACAUGGAUUUCUAUGGUGUCUGAGUUGCUGUCGCCUCCACCUUUGCCUUCCUGCUUUGCUGAGCUGUGUCUUGGAUGCCUCCAGUUUGUUUGGUGACCUUACUUCAGUCCUAAGUGCUCUGCAGCUUUCAAAAGAAGACCUCUGGUUGCCUUGUCUGUACUCCUAGUGCCCCAAUGGUGAUGGGGGAAGUUACUGCUUCACUGCGCUGUAGCCAUUGACCCCUUCUGGGUACCCACCAGCAGGAAUGGGUGUCUCCCAGGUGGUAGAGAUGGAAGAGAUGGGUUUUCCAAGGGAAUGUACAUGGAGACUUAAAGCUGACUUGGGUAGGAGUGUGUGUGAGCAAGGGAGGUGCAGGAUCAUGUGGGGCCAGGUCAGAAAGCCACCCCAGAAGGUUUCAAAGAAGCCAACAGUAGGGUUAGAGCUGAACAUUUCUGUGCCUGUCUCCUCUGCCCCACAGGAGCUGUGUUCUCAGCACCUGAGCAAGUCCCCAAGGGGCAAAAGAGCCCGUGGCCAAAGGAGGUGCUUGUCACCACAGAGCCCUGACUCUCUAUCUCUUGUCUCACCAGUGGCUUGUUCAGACUUUUCUGUGUGUCUGGGAUCAUCUCUACGUGAGUUUUGUGCUUUAAGAUGUGGAGCAAAGCCUGUUCCUGUGUACCAAGGCAGUCAAUCACCAGGAGAGGGAGCUGGCCCUGGACAAGAUGUGGAUACUUGGGUGCCUGGCUGGGGUCACCAGCUUACGUAAACCUGCUCCUGUUUGCAGGUUCUUAAACCAAGCACAGAUCUGGGGCUUCAGCCCCUCCUGGGUGGUUCUUUUAAUUAUUUGUGGGUUUUUAUCCUUGUUUUCUCACCAGAUUCCAGGAGGCACAGACGCUCAUAGACUUGCCCUCUCGAAAGCAGUUGAUCUGCAGUGUGUGGUGAUGCCAGAGAGCUGCUUUGAAGCGCAGUGGCAUCCCGUCCAUGCCCUGGGAGUGUCAGUGUCUCUCUGUGCUCGGUGAUGGUGACCUUCCUGCAGUCCUCUGUCUCAACCCUGUACUUCAAAUCUUAGCUUUUUGGGUCUACAAACAUUAAAAGCUCUGUGUCUGUUCUGAGUCUUGUGCUGUAUCCUUCAAAGUGGAUAAAGUUUAGCGAGGGUGGGAGGACAGAUCCUCAGUUAAGCACUGUUAUCAUCCAACAAAGCACUACAUGGGCCCUACUAGACUCCUGUUCCAUCUCUGAGCCGUUUCUGUGUUAACUUAAUCCUGUGAAGCUCAAAAAAACCCUCUCUGUAGCUGAUUUGCUGCUUGGUUUCAUCUUCCCUCUGAGCCUUUCAAACCUGUUUUUAGCAACCCCCCCACCUUGCUGCUCUCUGCACUGGCGAUGGGGUUGUUUUUUCUGGGGAUUGACACCUUAUGGUGUUGAGCGUGAAACUGGGACAGCUCUGCUGCAGCUAAAAAUGCCCCAUCUCCUCACCGUGUAUCCGUAUGGGUUGAUCCCAUCCCCUCUUGGGCACAAAUCCUCUUGGAAUCUGGAUUUCUGCAAAAAAACCAACCCCAGAGCUGGGGGUCCCGAGUCCUGUCCUUACAGGGUCUUGAGCCAUGGCCAGUCAGGGGCUGGGCUGGAGGUAUGUUGCCCACCAGAAGGGCUCCAGGAGCCCCAGAUUGCAGGAAGAGCUGGGAUGGUAAUGGGAGACAGGGCUGCUCUGGGCACUGGGACCACUUGAUAUGAGCCAGAUGGGAGAUUAUAGAAUCAUGGAAUGGUUUGGGUUGGAAGGGACCUCAAAGCCCAUCCAGUUCUAACCCCCUGCCAUGGGUAGGGACACCUCCCACAGGACCAGGCUG